AUGUCAGUUAAUAUCGACCUAACACAAUCAAAAAAUGAUCAUGUUGAUUUAUUAGAACCAACGAAUGAUUCUUUGAAGAGUCAAAUUUUAAUUGUAUCUGAUCAGAGAAAAAAUGAUCGUACUGAUACACCACAGCCUGGUAAUGACUGUCAGCUAAAACAAACAUUAUCAAAUGAACAGCAAUGUCCAUCGAAAGAUUACGAUGAACAAACGGCUUAUCAUCGUCUCCUCUAUACAGAAACAAAAUCAAUAACUGAAAAAAUGGAUGUUUGGUAUUUAGAUAUGAAAAAAAAUCUGAUGUAUGAAUUUGAUAGAUUACGUUUACAGUAUCUUGAAGAAGCACAACAAAAUAAUUUACGUGAAAAAGAAAUUCAAGUGAAAGAUUAUGUUCGUCUGAAUGAAGAUAUAAAGAUAAUGCGUGAAAUGUUAAUACAUUAUGAACGUAAAAUAGAUCAAAAAGAUCAAACAGAAAGUAACGUUAAUAAAGCAUUAGAUAUACUUUCUAAAAAAAUGGUUGCCUAUCGUCAUUAUUAUGAAUGGAGAAUUAUUUUUAUUGAAAAAAAACGACAAAAAUAUUCAAUUUUAUUAGCUAAACGAUUUUAUGAAAAUAAAAUCAAGAGAAAAGCGUUAGUCAAGUGGAAACGUCUAAUUGAACAAGAAUGGAGACAACGCUUUGAAUUAUCAUGUGAGAAAAAGACCAAAUUUAUGCUUAAUAAAUUAAGGAAUGAGUAUGAAACAAAAUAUAAACAAUUAGAAUUACAACUAUUAAAUGCAAAUGAAGAAAUAGCUCGAUUAAGAAUGCAUAGAAACGUACAUGAUGAGCCUUUAAAAACAGCUUUCAUGCGUGGUGUCUGUGCUCUAAAUAUGGAAGCGAUGUCUGUUUUAUUUAAAGAUGAACAUGAAUCAGACACGACCAGAGUUCAUGAAAAACAACCUCAAAGAGAAUAUUCUAAACGUAAAGAUAAUGAUACUACAGAUGAACAUUUAAACGAGGAAGAAGUUACAAUAACCAGUUCAUCAACCACAGACGAUGAAGAAAAUGAGUUGAGAUAUUCGUCGUAUCAUCAUACAUGUCCAACACAUGUUUAUAAAGAAUAUUUACCAAGUACAACUGAUUCUAAUAGAGACGGACGACGUUUUGCUCAACCGAGUAAUCAUAAUCGUCAUUUAACUCUUUCUAAACAUUCAUCAAUGGCAACAAAUAGGCCUCGAUAUACAAAUAGUAACAUAUUAUCGGAACGUAAUGAACAGUAG